UGAGUAACAUAAUAAUGUUACUUAAAAAAAAAAUAAUAAUAAGGGAGAGUUUAUCGACGUUAAUUCCCAGACACAGCUUUACCGGCGCGGACUCGUCCUUUUGUUCGCCUUCUUGUCUUUGUCGUCAUCGUCGUCGUCGUCGAUCGCAAGUUAUUCAGGCUUGUAUGCUUUUCUAGUGUGUUAUAUUCUCAGGCGUCCUGGAAAUUAGAACCCCUUUUAGAAGUUUGAAAUUUCAAAAUAAUUCCUGGUUUAUAAUUUUAUUUCUGGAUGUAAUCCUUUGACUUGUCCGAAGGUUAACAACAAACUGGAAAGUUUCUGAAAGCUAUAGGAGCAGUAGACAAGGUUCAUCGAUAUAAUAGAAGAGUUUGAUGGUAAUCGUACAUAGUGAACAGGGAGGCAUAUGAUGGCCAUAGCCGCAGUUAUUGGAGUCAGUGCAGGAAAGAGGCUGUUGAGUUCUACGUACCAUUUCUCUGAUAUAACAGAAAAGCUGUCUCACGGCAAUGAUAAUGGAUCUGCACACUAUCAGAUUACUACUACCAAGUCGGUUAUAGUUGCUAAGAAGUCGGCCAAUUAUGCACCGACUCUUCCUACAUCCAACCGGCAGAGUCAAUCCACUAAGUCUCUGAAAGAGCACAUUGAUAAUGACCCAGCCAUUCCAGAGCCAUGGUUUCAGAGACACAAUUACAAUGACUUGGAGGUGGAAAGCUCUGAUCUGGGUUAUUCUGUGGAGGCUCUUCUUUUGCUUCAGAAGUCAAUGCUAGAAAAGCAAUGGAACCUUUCUUUUGAAAGGGAAGUGCUGACUGAGCAUUCAAGAAAACAAAAAACUCUCAAGAAAGUAGCAGUCACUUGCUCUGGGGUGUCUGCAAGGCAGAGAAGAAUAAAUAUCAAAAGGAAUUCUAUUAGUAAAACUGGUUAUGCAGUGUGUCCUGCUUCGCAGCCGAAGUCAGUGAUCAAUCCCGAAUUGCUUCAAAACCGUUUGAAGGGCUAUGUGAAAGGGGUAGUGAGUGAGGAAUUGCUUUCUCAUGCAGAAGUUGUCAACUUAUCAGAGAAGAUAAAAGUUGGGCUUUUUCUAGAGGAGCAUAAAACCCGACUGAAGGAAAGAUUAGGAUGCGAACCCUCUGAUGAUCAGCUUGCAACGUCAUUGAGGAUAUCUCAUGCUGAACUCCAAGAAAAAUUGAUAGAGUGUUCUUUAGCCAGAGAGAAGUUGACUAUGAGCAAUGUUCGUUUAGUCAUGUCAAUUGCUCAAAGAUAUGAUAACAUGGGUGCUGAAAUGGCUGAUCUUGUUCAGGGCGGUUUGAUUGGACUACUUCGUGGGAUUGAAAAGUUUGAUUCAUCAAAAGGUUUUAAGAUCUCAACCUAUGUUUAUUGGUGGAUACGUCAGGGUGUUUCAAGAGCUUUAGUUGAGAAUUCAAGAACAUUGAGAUUGCCCACUCACUUGCAUGAGAGAUUAGCUUCAAUCCGCAAUGCAAAAUUUAGACUGGAAGAAAGGGGCAUUACCCCAACAGUUGAUAGGAUUGCAGAAUGCCUAAAUAUGUCUCAAAAGAAAGUUAGAAAUGCUUUUGAGGCAAUCAAUAAAGUUAUUUCGCUCGAUAGGGAAGCAUUCCCCUCUUUGAAUGGUCUCCCAGGCGAAACUCAUCAUAGUUAUAUCGCUGAUAAUCGCAUUGAGAAUAUUCCAUGGAAUGGAGUAAAUGAGUGGGCUCUAAAGGACGAAGUGAAUAAACUCAUCAAUGUGACCCUCGGAGAACGAGAGAGAGAAAUCAUUCGUCUUUAUUAUGGACUGGAUAGAGAGUGUCUUACUUGGGAGGACAUAAGUAAACGGAUAGGGUUGUCUAGGGAAAGAGUAAGGCAAGUUGGACUCGUUGCAUUGGAGAAGCUAAAACAUGCCGCGAGGAGGAGAGAGAUGGAAGCCAUGUUAUCGAAACAUUAGUCUGCAGCCUGGACUUGGCUCACCACGGACGCCGUAAAAGUGUAAAUAUAUAGGAAGGACCGAAGGAAGCAUGUACGUAGAAAUUUACUUCCUGAUUGAAGAUAGGUGAAAGAUGGUACAAGGAAACAUAUACAAAUCCCAUUGAAGUAUUUUAUUUUGUAGAGGGAAAAAAUCUGUUGUGGAAUAUGUUGACGGAGAUAUCAGGAUCUCAAUUUUUAAUUCGAAGAUGGCUUUAUCACCUUCGAGCGUUUAACAGGCAGAGCCACUAUAACAAACUAAA